AUGCUGCUCCUCGCGAUCUCUGCUUGCCCCUCCUUUCAAACUGUUCUUCCCUUGCUGCUCGCUCUGUUAGUCGUGUAUCCCGUAUCCCUUUGCGGAGCGGAGAGAGCGAACCGGUUUAAAUCAGUCACGCGCCUCGUCUUCCUACCUGAUAACGAGUACAGCUCAAAAUGCCUCGACGGAAGUACCCCCGCGUACUACUUCCGCGCUGGGGCGGGCGCGGGGAGGCACAAGUGGCACGUGCAUCUGCCCCAGGGCGGCUGGUGCUUCUCGCCGCUCGAGUGCCGCAAGCGCGCCAACUCCCCCCUUGGCUCCUCGCGCUUCUGGGCCACGCGCCUGCCUGGCGUUGUUGAAAACGGCGGAAAGAUCAACAAUGCAUCCGAGUCGUAUCCACAGCUGGGCGGGCUCCUAUCACAGGACAGCGCAACCAACCCCUUGUUCCACGGGUGGAACCUGGUGUGGGUGGUGUACUGUGACGGUGGCGCCUACAGCAGCACGCGGGGGAGGGCGGACCUGGGGGAGGGCGCAUCGGUGUACAUGCAGGGGCGGCAGAUUCUAGAUGAUAUUAUAACUGGUGGGCAGCAGAUUGUAGAUCAUAUAACCACUGGUGGGUGGGGAGGGGAAGGGGGAAGGAUAAGGAAGGCGUUGGGGGCCAUGGGGAAGAAUCUGUGCACGCAGAGGGGCAUGGGGGCGGCAUCGCAUGUCCUCUUCUCGGGUAGCUCAGCGGGCGGCCAUGCCAUCAUUAUGCACUGCGACCGCCUCGCUGCUGCCUUCCCCCACGCCAAAGCCAGCUGCCUUGCCGACUCGGGCUUCUUCGUUGACGCCAAGGACCGCUUUGGGGUGUACUCGUGGCGGGAAUCAAUUCGGCAGCUCACUGCUCUGCACCUCAUUCAAGUUCCCAAAUGCCCUGCAGGGCCACAUCUCAGUAAGAAUUCCUCCUCUCCCUCUUCUGAAGCUACUCGAGAGGCUCUCCUUUUCUCUCCUCCUUUCCCUCCCAAUCAGGUGCACAAGCGAGGGACUACUGGGUCUGCUUCUUCCCAGUCACUGCGUCAUCAUGAUGUUGCUCUCCUACCCCCCCCUCCCCCUACCCCCUCCACACACACCCCCUUCCUUCCUGCUUCCGUCCGCCUCAGGAUCACAAGAGAGUGA